AUGGAACCUUCGGACUUUAAAGCUAAUUUCACCGCGGGGUCCGCUUAUCCCUUGUGUACGAAAUGGAGAGACAGCUCCGAGAAUUCAGUGUACCAACUCGCCAAUAUCUUCCUCUGCCUCGGGUUCAUGGGUGGCAGCGGUAUUUACGGAGUCUUGUACGUGUUUACCUUCCUAACUUUGGGCUUCUUCUGCGCCUCUCUCUGGGCUUGGACGGACUCGUGCACCACGGACACGUUUCUAUGGUGUUUUGCACUUUUCGCCGUGUGUUUGGGUCAAGUUGUCUAUGCUGCCUACAGAAUCAGAAGAGUCUCGUUUCAAAGAGACUUCCAGGAACUUUAUAAUUGUGUAUUUAAAAGGAUGGGAGUUUCACUGCCACAAUUUGGCAAAAUUGUCACUUGCUGCGACGGCGUUAUCCACAGCAUAAAGAAGGACCACUGCUUUGCAGUUGAAGGGAAGACCGCCAUCGAUAAACUGUCGAUGCUCAUGACCGGCAGGAUCCGAGUGACUGUUAACGGUGAGUUCCUGCACUUCAUCUACCCAUUUCAGUUUCUGGAUUCACCAGAAUGGGACUCCCUAAGGCCAUCAGAGGAAGGUGUAUUCCAGGUCACACUAUCAGCUGAUUACCCAUGUACAUAUAUAGGGUGGAGGAGGAAGAGCCUCUAUCUUCUUUUUGCUAAACACCGCUACAUAGCCAGGAUCUUUGCCUUGGUUGUGAGGAAUGACAUUGCAGAAAAGUUGUACUCUCUUUACGACAAAGCAUUCAACUGCUGUGGGCAUCGUUAUGAUCUCCGCUUACCGAGUUACUGUCACAUGCCAGGGACGGAAUUAGAAAAAGCAGAUGUCCAUUUGAAAGUCCCUGUGCUGGGUGAAGUUUCAACCUGA